ACUCUGAAAUUUGGAUCUAGUCUAAACCGUGAUCACUAAACAAUGCUAACAUCCAACUUUAAAAUUGCAAUAUCUUUUUAUUGCCUUCACUUUCUUCUUGGAUAUGCCUUCACUGAAGAUUAUGAAAUACCGACUAUUGCAAGAUAUUUUGGUCCUAAGGGAAGGUAUGAAGAAGUUAACCCAUAUUUACUGACAGAUGUGUUUGCUGUAAACAAAUCUAUGCUGCAACCUCCGAGUCCUCAGUGUAAACAACUGCAUAUGACUGCACUUAUAAGGCAUGGCACCAGAUAUCCAACUACUAAGAAUAUUAAGGAGAUGCAUCAACUUUACAACUUCAUCAUUAGCAACAGCUCCAGUGAGAAGAGCUGGCUGCUAGAAGAGUGGACCAUGUGGUACACAGAGGACAUGGACGGCAGACUGGUGGACAAAGGAGUGGAUGAACUGAAGCAUUUGGCAGUGAGACUGUCCAAACUGUUCCCCAAGCUCAUAUCAGAGGAGAAGCUCAGGGGAGGAUCCAUCAAGUUCAUCAGCAGCUCAAAGCACAGGUGUAUCAACAGCACCCUGGCCUUCAAGAGAGGACUCACUGAGCUGUGGGACAUCAUAGAUAUGUGCUUUGAGCAUGAAGUAAACAAUGCCCUCAUGAGGUUUUUCGACCAUUGUGCCAGAUUUGUGCAAGAAGUGGAGAAGAACCCUACAGCUGUGGAGGAGUUGGACAAGUUCAAGACUGGAGCAGAGAUGAGGAGGGUUCAGGAGAAGAUGGCCAACAAACUCAAUGUUACACACAACAACGUAACUUAUGAUAUGGCUGAGGCUGCCUUUUUCUUAUGCUCUUAUGAGUUUGCCAUCAAGAACAGGAACUCCCCCUGGUGUCAGCUCUUUGAUGAGGAUGAUGCCAAGGUGAUGGAAUAUGUCAGUGAUUUGAGAGAAUACUGGAAAAGAGGCUACGGUCAUGACAUCAACUUUAAAUCCAGCUGCAUCUUGUUCCAUGAUGUGUUUGAGCGACUGGACAAGGCCGCAACUCAAAUACUGUCUGGCCAGCCCGUGACUAAUGCUGCAACUAUCCAGAUUGGUCAUGCAGACACACUCCUUCCACUGCUCACUCUUCUGGGCUUCUUUAGGGACACUGAACCUCUCAAAUCAGAAAACUACGCCUCCCAAACUAAACGCGCUUUCCGCACUAGCCACAUAUUACCUUACGCCGCUAACCUGGUCCUGGUGUUGUACGACUGUGGAGAAGGGGAGCUCAGACUGCAGCCGCUGCUCAAUGAAAAGACUGUGGCAUUUCCAGGUUUGAGUGUGCAGCAGAGCUCAAUGCCUCUGUAUGCAGAUGUGAGGGAGCGAUACAAGGAACUGCUGCAGGGAUGUGACUUUGAGAGAGAGUGUCAACUGUUCAAACAACCGACUGAAAACUGAGUGUCAACUUUUAACAAAAUAUGAAGACUAUUAACUGUUAAUAUGAUAACAUAUUAUUUUACACAACUCAAGAGAAGUGCACUCAGUGAUCACAUUCAACAAUACGACAUGAUCAUACUUUUGUGUUGUUACAUUACACGAAAUUGACUCUUGCAAGAUUUUAGCUAUGUUAUAAUGCUGUUAUCUCAUUCACACAUGUUUGAGUAAUCCUGGAUUAUUAGUCUGUCUACAUCUCCAAAACUCAAAAUGCUCUGUUCCUCUGUGAUAUCAUGAAACGGUAGUUUUCAGUAGCUCCUUUUACCUUUAGUUCAGAAGAGAUGGGCAAUUCCAGGGCUGAAAUUAUCUAAAUGAUUCUAAAGAAAGUGUUUGGAGUUUAUUAUCACAUGACAUCACAAGGUAGAACAGAGGGUAUUCUAUUUGAGAGAGGAAAAGCCAAAAUAUGCAGGGUCUGUGGGUCAAACAUAUGUGAAUGAAACAAAACAUUGUAACUUUUUCAUAACUACAUUAUAACAUAGAUCAGAGUAUAGUGUAAUACAGGCCUUUUAAGCACAGAAUUAAAACCUAGCAAUAAUAGGUGCGUGUUGGUGAAGAAUACUCUUCUACUUUAUAUACACUGUUGUAAUCUGGGAUUUUAUAAUCUAUUUAUAUAAUAGGAGUAGAUUAAAAAUUGCAUGGCCAGUAACUGUCAUAGUGGUGUUGAUCCAGCAGGGGGCAGUCUCUCAUAAGUCAACACAAUACCACCUGCAUGCACCGUUAUGCAAAAUGCUUAUCCUUGUUUAAAAAUGUACGUAUCAAGGUUUUGCACAAUAAAUUCAGUCAUUGCCCAC